UUAGGGCUAGAGCGCCUCUUGUCCGCUGCUGUUCCCCACCACCCGCGGCUUCCAUUUCCGAGUGCGGCUUCUGUCCUAAAGCGGAGACCUCCCUUCAGAUGUGGCGUCGUGGGUCCUUCGCGCCUCGCCUGGGGUCAGCGCGCAAGGACGGGCGCGGGCGGGGUGCUUAGCAGCCGGCGGCUGGGGCCAGACCUCGGGUACCGGCCCGCACCUGCACCUCUAAUUUCUCAGAACAGGUGGACUUUUGAGCCCUCGCGAUUGGAAGCCCCUGAUUCGCAGCUUCCUCGAUUGCAGCUCGAGAGGACAGACCCCCUGGCCCAUACCUAUCCCCCAUGGUCACGCUCUGCCCUGUGAGGUGCAGCAUUUGCAAGUCACUCCGUCUCCACACAGCACUUCCACCCAAGUUAGUCUGCGUUAACUUCGAAGUUAGUGUGCGUUAACUUCGUUCUUCCUUGAGACCCGUCCUGUGCCUCCAGAUGUGGUCUUUUCUCCCCCAGUUCCUGUAAAAAGUGAGAACUAGGAGUCUCGGGUAUCCAGCAGAAAUAUUACUUUUAAGACUGAGCACCCAUUGGGCACCCCGAACAAGUUCAUGCUUACUAGAGGCAAAGUGAAACCCAGUGCACGCAGAAAACUAUGGCUGAGCACGGGGCUCACAUCACAGCUGCUGCUGCGGAUGACCAGCCAUCCAUCUUUGAGGUGGUAGCACAGGACAGUUUAAUGACAGCAGUGAGACCUGCUCUUCAGCAUGUGGUCAAGGUUCUUGCAGAAUCAAAUCCUGCCCACUAUGGCUUCUUUUGGAGGUGGUUUGAUGAAAUCUUUACGCUGCUGGAUCUUCUGCUCCAGCAGCAUUAUCUGUCUAAAACCAGUGCCUCAUUUUCUGAAAACUUUUACGGCUUAAAGCGCAUUGUAACGGGGGACACACGCAAGCUUCAGAGACUGGCUAGUGCGGGUCUCCCAAAGAAGCAGCUUUGGAAGUCAAUUAUGUUCCUGGUUCUUCUUCCCUAUCUGAAAGUGAAGCUGGAGAAGCUGGUUUCUAGCCUUAGAGAAGAGGAUGAAUAUUCUAUCCAUCCCCCUUCUUCCCGCUGGAAACAAUUCUACAGAGCCUUCCUGGCAGCCUACCCAUUUGUUAACAUGGCCUGGGAAGGCUGGUUUCUUGUACAACAACUUCGAUACAUCCUAGGAAAAGCUCAGCAUCACUCACCACUGCUUAGUCUGGCUGGAGUUCGGCUAGGCCGACUUACAGUUCAGGAUAUACAAGCUCUGGAGCACAAAGCAGCUGAAGCCAGCAUGAUGCAGCAACCAGCCAGGAGUAUUAGUGAGAAGAUCAAGUCAACUCUGAAAAAAGCUCUGGGGGGUGUUGCCUUAUCCCUCUCUACUGGCCUGUCUGUCGGUGUAUUCUUCCUGCAAUUCCUUGAGUGGUGGUACUCAUCUGAAAAUCAAGAAACCAUCAAAUCACUGACUGCCCUGCCUACUCCACCACCACCUAUACACCUAGACUACAAUUCUGAUUCUCCCCUGUUACCCAAAAUGAAGACUGUGUGCCCACUGUGUCGUAAAACCCGGGUGAAUGAUACUGUUCUUGCCACCUCUGGCUAUGUGUUUUGCUAUCGCUGUGUGUUUAGUUAUGUGAGGACUCACCAGGCUUGUCCCAUCACAGGUUAUCCAACAGAAGUACAACACCUAAUUAAACUGUACUCCCCUGACAACUGAAAGGGAUUAGCAUCUUAACUUGAAGCAAAAUUAUUGCCUAAAAUAAUUUGGGGCUGGUUUUCAGCAUGGUACACAGCCUUAUUUCGUACUUCUUAACCUCAAUUCAUAAUUAUAUGAAUUUUAAAAAAAUAUAUGGAUUUCUUUAAAAGGCUAUACCCAUGGAUUUGCCCUUCUAACCUGCUCUCUAGGCCCCAACUUAAAGUUAACCAAGCUGAUUAGAGGAAGAGAAUUGAGGGUUAGUGUAGACUUGGAUAAAAGAGGGUAGUCAGUACAGAAGCUGUUCAUUAAACAAGGUAUAGAAGCUCUCAGGAAAAACCCAUGUUAGACCUCAUAAAGUGGGUGAUGUAGGGGAAGCAGACCUUUUAUUUAGAAAAGUUUUCAUCUGCCUAUGAGGAAAAGGUUUCAUCAGUUUGCGGUGUGAAAAGUGGGCUGACUCUUGAAAAACAAUAGCUCCUUCUAUAUACUGUGACCCAUUUGUUAUGUAAUAUCUGCUGUAAUUUAUCAACUUUUAAAGAUUUCUUUAUGAGUCUUUCUUGGGAAACUGGUUAAAGAAAAAUUAAGGUCAAGUGUAUAUAUAGAUUUUGGUGAGAAAGCAAAGCUAAUAAGCAAUGAAGAGAUGAAGUAAGCCUAGAUGGUGUGGCUCAGUGGUUGAGCAUCAACACAUGCACUGAGAGGUUGCCGGUUCAAUUCCCAGUCAGGGUACAUGCCUGGGUUGUAGGCUCAAUCCCCAGUGAGGGGCAUGCAGCAGGCAGCCAAUCUCUCUUAUCGAUAUUCCUAUCUCUCUUCCCUCUACCUUCCUCUCUCUCUAAAAUCAAUAAGUAUUUUAAAAAGAUGAAGUAAAAUACUCAUCUAUGUGUAAAGAAAGGCUCCUUUAAUAAGUUCUUUCUCCUUGCUAUUAAGAGUUUGCUAAACUGGCAUGAAUUAUUCUGGCUAUUACUAAAGUUUCUAUGAAACGCUUAAAUACAUUUCAAGAAUAAAUGUUUUUGGCAAAGAACUGUUCCAUGUUGUCAUGAUUGUAUAGAAACUGAAAGAUUACUUGAGGUGUUUAAAGUAAAUUUUUCAUUCAGACAACCUUUGACUUUUUGGGGUAUUUUUGUAUUAACAUGUUUUUUUGCUAAUCCAAUAAUUGGGGGAAAGUCCUCUAUUCCAACAGCAAGAAUUCAGCAUUCAGCCUUGUUCGAAAUAUCUUGUAUUAGAAAGACUACAAAAACACUUAAGUUGCCUAUGCAGAAAAAUUCAUGCCUGGAUUGGCAAACUGAUGGAAAAAUAUGGGUUAAAAAAUCAUCAUGACUAGAUGAGGAAGGAUGAAAGUAAUUUGUAGGUGCCUCUGCUGAGAGGUGUUUUCCAGUAUUUUAACUCAUUUUAGCAAUUCAAAGGACAAACAUUCUCUAAUGGCACCACGGUGAUAAAACUAAAUUCUGAAAUGGAACAUCCUAUAGAUUUUAAAAUAUUAACACUUUUACCAGGUGUACCAGUUAAUAAUGCAGAUUUUUUUUCAAUAGAUGGAGUUACACAUAUGUUGAUAUAUAUGUGAUUUGAUAUGUAUGCUAUUUUGUUGUAUUGACAACAAGCUUCAAAACUUUAUAUGUCAAAUUUUCUGAAGAUGUUAACAUCAUAUUUAUACGCUUAAAAAUGUCGAAUUUCGUGCCAAAAAAAGAGCAUGUGUGGCAAGUUUUAAUUCAUUACUUUAUUUUGAAGAAAAGUGCUGCUGAAUACUUCGGCAAGCUUAUGGUGAACAUGCUCCAUCUCAAGAUACUUGUGAACGCUGGUUUAAACGCUUUAAAGUGAUGAUUUCUAUGUGCAAGACAAAGAACAUCCAUGUCAAUUUGAACCACGCUUUGAUCAUAAAACAACCAGAAUGGGCCAGAAGACACAGCAAAGUAAUUUUGCUUCAUGAUAACACACCAUCACCCACUUCAAAACCAGUUAAAGGCACGUUAAAAGAUCUUGUCUGGAAAGUACUAACCCACCCGCCGUAUUCACCAGACCUUGCUCCUUCAGAUUACCACUUGUUCCGAUCAAUGGCACAUGCACUUUCUGAGCAGCACUUCAAAAUGUACGAAGAAGUGGAAAAUUGGGUCUCUGAAUGGUUUGCCUCAAAACAAGAAAAGUUCUAUUGGGACGGUAUCCACAAAUUACCUGAAAGAUGGGGGAAAUGUGUAGCUAGCGAUGGACAUUACUUUGAACAAAGCACUUUUGAUGUUUCUC